CCGGCAUAUCUUAUUCUUAACCUUCAUCUUCACCGCACUCUGUCUCUCUUAAACAUUUAGAAAGCGACUGAGCAGUCUCAUCGACUCGACAUCUUUGCAACGCAAUGGCAUCUACUGAGCUCAAGACGUUCACCCGUGAGGAGGUCGAGAAGCACAACACACCGGAUGAUUUGUGGGUCAUCAUCGACUCGAAGGUGUACAAUCUCUCGAGGUUCAAAGACUUACAUCCAGGUGGUAUCUCCGUCUUACUGGACCCAGAAAUUGCCGGACAAGACGCAACAGAAGCGUUCUUCGGGCUUCAUCGCCACGAGGUGCUUCUGCGGCCGCAAUAUAAGCGAUUGCAGGUUGGUGUUAUUGGAGGUGAGGAAGAGCAAAUCACGCCGCCCGUCGCUGGUGCGCUCAGCAAGGUUCCGUAUGCGGAGCCUGCGUGGUUGAGUGAGGGCUUUCAUAGUCCGUAUUACAAGAAGUCGCAUCGUGAGCUGCAAAAGGCGAUGCGGACGUUCGUUGAUGAGAUCAUCUUUGAGGAUGGACAGGCUCGGGAAGCCGAUGGCAAACGACCUAGCCAGCAUGUAAUUGACAAAAUGGCGGAGGUGGAGCUCCACGCAAUGCGAAUGGGACCUGGGAAGCAUCUGAAGGGUCGCACAUUAUUCGGCGGCGUUGUAAACCCAGAGGAGUUUGAUUAUUUCCAUGAGCUUAUUAUCACCCAAGAACUUGUACGAGUUGGUGCACGAGGAUAUGGAGAUGGUCUUUUGGGAGGCAAAGUCAUUGGCUUGCCGCCGGUACUCAACUUCGGAUCUCCUGAGCUGAAGGCCAAGGUCAUUCCAGAAGUAUUAUCUGGAAAGAAGUUCAUCUGCCUCGCUAUUUCGGAGGCUCAUGCAGGAAGCGAUGUUUUUGGGCUGCAUACUACGGCAACGAAGUCUGAAGAUGGGAAGUUCUGGAUUGUGAAUGGAAAUAAGAAGUGGAUUACAAACGGAGUGUUUGCGGACUACUUCACAACCGGAUGUAAAACAGACAACGGUUUCACUGUCCUUCUCAUUCCACGAACUGAAGGCGUUGAGACGAAGCAAAUCAAAACGAGCUAUUCGUCUACAGCGGGGACGGCGUACAUCACAUUUGACAACGUCAAGGUUCCCGUAGAGAACACGCUAGGUGAAGAGGGUGCAGGAAUCUAUGUCAUGCUCAGCAACUUCAACCACGAACGUUGGGUGAUGUGUUGUAGUUCUGCUCGUAGCCAGCGACUUAUUAUCGAGGAGUGUCUCAAAUGGGCAACUCAGCGCAAGGUAUUCGGCAAACCGCUCAUUAGCCAAGCUGUCGUCCGAGCAAAGAUUGCUGGCAUGAUCUCGCGUGCGGAGGCUAUCCAGGCAUGGUUAGAGAAUGUAACUUACCAAAUGUGCAACAUGGCGUAUAAAGAGCAAGCGCAGAAGCUCGCUGGACAAAUCGCGUUCUUGAAAUCGUUUAGUACACGCUCCGCACAGGAGACCGCACAAGAUGCCGUUCAGGUCUUCGGAGGGCGAGGGAUUACGCAGACUGGGAUGGGCAGGUUCAUAGAACACUACUACCGCACCGUUCCAUUCGACGCACUACUUGGUGGUGCAGAGGAUGUACUUGGUGACCUUGGUGUUCGCCAAGCAAUCCGUGCCAUGCCCAAGGACGCGAAGCUAUAGUCGAAGAAACAUGUCUUACAAUUGCAGACUAGCAUAUUCUUCGAGCUAAGAGCUGAGGAGCAGGUAAUCGUAUCUGUAUUUUUGGAUUGGUAUUGUUGGCACGAACACGAACAUGAGGUAGAGUUUUCGUACCUUACCUUACAGUACUUUUGUGUUUUUAUUAUUACGUACAUAUACAAAAU